AUGCAAUCCUCGUCUUCUUCUUCGUAUUACGAAGACCUCGCAACACUGUCGCAAGCUCCAAUCGAGAACUCUCGCAAACGGCCAGCGACAGAGAGCGAUCUGAUCAACGAGCAGGCCAUGAAGAGAUCUGCCGAAAUAUACAACUACAAUCAGAACUAUCAUAGCAGUUGGAUGGGUUUCGCAGAGCAUAACCCGUUCGCGCCAACUCAGCACAUGCAGCAGUCUCUCUUUUGGCCAGAGCAGUCAAUGUAUUAUCCUCAGCAGCCGGACAAUCAGACAGACAGACUCCUCCGAUGGCCACGAAGAUUCAGCCAGCACACUUUCACACUCCGGCCGCUUCUGAUCUCCCGCAAGCUUCUGUAGUGUACACUCCGGAGUCGGACACUUCAUCUUCUACCAUUCCAUCCUUUAACAAUUCUAUGGCUUCCAAUAAUAGCUUCCAUAGCUUCCCGGUGCCUCAGAUGCCACAGUUGCCCCAGGUGUCACAGAAGCCUCAAGUGCAGGUGCCAGCUCCGAUGCGAGAGCUUCCCAAUCCGAACGAGUGCAUCGCGGAAGUGGACGGAAGACUUCCAGUGGUCGGGGACCGUUCAAAGUACAAGCUGACAGUGGCAGAGCUGCAAAGAAGAGUCUCCGGCCCGGAGUCGAUGAACCAAAGUUCAAUGCAUGCAUUAUUCAGACUGUAAGUUUACACCAUUCCAUUUCGAUGCUCAUCCUUAACUUUUUUUGAUCGAAGAAGAAAAACGGCAUGAACAAUAUGAGAGAGAUGUUGGAGAAGUAUGGAAUUCUGUUCACCGCUCACCACAGACAGAGAAACCCGAACUCGUUCUCGUACCUGCUGGAAGAAGAAGCCACUCGGUUCGCACAGGACAUCGACAUGCUGUACAAAGCCUUCUUCCCAUCGGAUCCUAUCGGCAGAGGGAUGAUCGAGAAGAUGCUGGCAAGCGGAAAGACCCCUGACGCCAUCGAGAUCAUUCUCCAGAAUGGAGUGUAAGUCAAUCAGUAACUGACCGCCAAUGAGUAACAAGUUUCAUUUUCAGGACCGCCAUGUCGGGUCUCGUGAAGACAUUGGAAAGCCGACAGCCGACUAUUGUGUACAAGGAGAGACGGGUAAAGGGGAACUCUCUGGAUUCUGAUUACGAACAAGUGUCGGCGGUAAGCUUGAAAAUCAUCUAAACUCAAACAAUUGUUCUCUUUUCAGCUGACUCACGGAUUCGCCCAUCCGACCUCCAUCACAAACUACCGAUUCAUGCAGGCAGCCUUCGGAAGAGCGCUUUCGGCAAUUCAGGCUGUCAAGCAGGGUAGGGCUCUCGCCAAGAACUGCUCCAUCGAUCCGCUCGCCGAGAAGCCGUUCAAGUACAUGACGGAUGCUGCCUACGAAGAGUGGAAGAACGUGAUGAACGGCCAUCCGUCGGAGCCGAAGUUCACGAAUCCGGUUCUCUGGGGAGGAGAGCCGCCAGUUUGA